UACGGCUGUUUCCAUAGUAAUGCAUGUGGCCAUGAGAACGUGGGAAUAAUUGCAAGAGCUCUGAGCAAUUCCCAGUGCUUUUGAAGCGAUAAGAGUCGGCUGUACAUGACCUUGAAUACAUGCAUACAUUGAAUAAGAAUAAUAAAUGACAAUAAUAAAAAAAGCCCCAUGUUCAGCCAUCACAUGUAACCCUGUACCCAUGUGGGUCUGAUCCCUAUUUAAUAUACAUGGCUCCUACCAAUCGUUGUGAGUAAAUAUCAAUCUCCAUCUUCAUCUUCUCUCUCUUCGUCUUUCUAUUCUCUACGGUUGUGCAAGUUCGAGGGAAAUGGCAGGCCUUGUUGGAUUUGGGUUGUGGACUGUGGCGGCACUUUGUUAUAUGUCUGUUGAUGUGUAUGCUUUUUCGCCUUCCGGAUGGACUAAGGCUCAUGCAACCUUUUAUGGUGGCGGCGAUGCUUCGGGAACCAUGGGUGGAGCUUGUGGGUACAAUAACUUGUAUGCUAAUGGGUAUGGUACUCGAACUGCAGCUUUGAGUACUGCCUUAUUCAACGAUGGAGCUUCAUGUGGAGAGUGUUUCAAGAUCAUCUGUGAUUACAAUGCGGAUUCCAGGUGGUGUUUGAAAGGAAGAUCCAUAACGAUAACCGCCACCAAUUUCUGCCCUCCAAAUUUCGGUCUUCCCAACAAUGAUGGUGGGUGGUGCAACCCACCACUCCAGCAUUUCGACAUGGCUCAGCCUGCAUGGGAGAAGAUUGCCAUUUACCGCGGCGGAAUCGUACCCGUUUUGUUUCAAAGGGUCCCAUGCAAGAAGCACGGAGGUGUUAGGUUCACCAUCAACGGACGGUCCUACUUCGAGCUUGUCUUAAUCAGUAAUGUUGGAGGCAGUGGGUCAAUUCAAUCCGCAUCAAUCAAGGGCUCACAAACGGGUUGGAUGACGAUGUCAAGGAACUGGGGGGCCAAUUGGCAGUCCAACUCCUACCUCAAUGGUCAAGCCCUAUCAUUCAAGGUCACUACCACCGACGGAGAAACUCGUAUGUUCCCAGACAUCGUCCCGCCGAGUUGGAACUUUGGUCAGACCUUUUCAAGUACCGUCCAGUUUUAAUAUCCAAGUUAAUGGUUUAGGGUUCAGGGUUUAAGGUUUAUGGUUGGCAGAGGCGUGCUUAUUAUUUUAAUGAGAGCAGCCCGCCGUCCCCAGAUGCCAAUUGUUAAGAGGUAAGGAUGAUCUAAUUUUUCUUGCAAAUUUUGAAGCCUUAAUGCCCUAACCUGGACCCUCUAAAUGGUACACACUUAGGGAUGGAGAAUAAAACUCAAGAAUUUAAAAUGUAUAUUAGUGCACGUUAAUUACAUGCCCGGUUUUGAUGCAUCUCUAUUUUAGCAUUUUCCUUCUUUCUUUUUUCUUUCUCUUAUAAAGUGUAAUAAUCUUUUUUCAAGUGUUAUUAUUCAAGAUGAAUAAGAAUAUGUUAUGAAGUUCAA